AGCUUAUAAUAUAACCAGUAAAGUAACCACCUCAAAUAUAACCCAUUUUCCAUCUUCUACAUAGCCCCAAAGCCAUUCUCUGCCUUUGACUCUUGGAUCAACGAUCCACAAAAUGCUAGCAGUUUUCGACAAAUCGGUGGCUAAGAGCCCCGAGGCUCUGCAGAGCCCUCAGUCUGGAUCAGUCUCGGCUCUGAAAGAUGGCUUUCUCGCGCAGCACUUUGCCUCCGUGCACCCUUCUUCUGUCACUGUCAAUUUUGGCUCUUCUGGUCUCAUCGUCUAUUCUCUUGACAAACAGAACCCUCUUCUUCCCAGGCUGUUUGCGGUUGUGGACGACAUUUUUUGCCUGUUCCAAGGCCACAUUGAGAAUGUUGCGCUUCUCAAGCAACAAUAUGGAUUGAACAAGACAGCCAAUGAAGUGAUCAUCAUUAUUGAAGCAUACAGAACUCUGAGAGAUCGAGGUCCUUAUCCUGCUGAUCAGGUUGUGAGAGACAUCCAAGGGAAGUUUGCAUUUAUUCUCUAUGACAGUUCUUCCAAAGCCACUUUUGUAGCUGCUGAUCCUGAUGGGAAUGUUCUGUUCUUCUGGGGAACUGAAUCUGAAGGCCAUCUUGUUUUUGCAGACGAUGCAGAAGUUGUGAAGAAGGGCUGCGGGAAUUCUUUUGCACCAUUUCCUAAAGGAUGUUUCUUCACUUCCUCUGGAGGCUUGAGUAGUUACGAGCAUCCCCACAAUGAGUUGAAGGCGGUGCCAAGGGUGGAUAGUUCAGGUCAAGUGUGUGGUGCCAAUUUCAAGGUUGAUGCUGAGGCUAAGAAGGAGUCGAGUGGCAUCCCAAGAGUCGGGAGUGCUGCCAACUGGUCAACAACUUACUGAGUUUAUAUCUAUUUUCUUGGCGAGGCUUUUGCUAAGUAGACUUUGAAUUAGUUCUGAACUGAUCCAUCUAUUCUCUACUGUUUUCAAUCUUGAUUGACUCUGUUGCCUGUGGCUACCAAAGUUUAUAUGAUGAUUGGAAGUAAGACAUGAUUAUAUAAUUGCUUACUGUCAAAAGCCACAAGGCGUAACAUCAAAUAA